GCAGAUCGGGAGCGGUGCCGAGAAAAAUUUCUUUACUCGAUGACAUUUCAUCGCAAUGUCCGAUCGUUUGGGGCAAAUAACGAAGGGCAAGGAUGGGAAAAGCAAGUAUUCGACUCUCAGCCUGUUUGACAAGUAUAAAGGAAGAUCAGUAGACACAUCCAGAUCCUCAGUUAUUCCUAGACAUGGCUUACAGAGUCUCGGGAAGGUUGCCACAGCCCGGCGCAUGCCACCGCCUGCAAACCUGCCAAGCCUGAAGUCUGAGAACAAAGGAAACGACCCCAACAUCGUGAUAGUACCCAAGGACGGGACGGGAUGGGCAAACAAGACGGACCAGCAAGACCCAAAGAGUUCCAGUGCAGCGGGCUGUCAGCCGCCGGAGUCGCUGCCGCAGCCGGGUUUGCAGAAAUCUGUCUCCAAUUUGCAGAAGCCGACGCAGCCAGUCAGCCAGGAGAACACAAAUUCAGUGCCAGGUGGACCAAAGUCAUGGGCACAGCUGAAUGGAAAGCCAGCAGGACACGAAGGUGGUUUAAGGGGCUCAAGCCGACUGUUAUCCUUCUCUCCCGAGGAAUUUCCGACGCUGAAAGCAGCUGGGGGGCAGGACAAGGCUGGCAAAGAAAAGGGCGUCUUAGAUCUGUCGUAUGGGCCAGGACCAAGCCUCCGCCCGCAGAAUGUGACGAGCUGGAGGGAGGGCGGCGGGCGGAACAUCAUCGCUGCUGCGGCUCUGAGCGCAUCCCCGCCAGAGCUGGGCAGCCGGAGCGCAGGCGUGGGAGAUGGAGCGCCCUCGUCGACCAGUGCCAGCGAUGCCAAGGACCCCUCGCUCCGCCCAGCCCAGCCUGUCCGCAAAGGGGCUUCACAGUUCGUGGGAAAUGUGUACCACCCACCCACCUACCAUGACAUGCUGCCUGCCUUUAUGUGUUCGCCGCAGUCAUCUGAAAACCAGGGCCCAGUGGAACGAGGCCCUUUUCCCCUCCCUCAGCUCCGCCCGGAGCCCAGAGUUCCUUUCAGACAGUUCCAGAUGAAUGAGCAGGACGGCAGCAAGGAAAGCCGGCCGGGGCUCCCACGCCCGGUUCGGCCCCUGCGGCAGCUGGUGGAGCGGGCCCCGCGGCCCACGAUCAUCAACGCUGAGAACCUGAAGGGCCUCGACGACCUGGACACGGAUGCCGACGACGGCUGGGCAGGCCUCCAUGAAGAAGUAGACUAUUCGGAGAAGCUCAAGUUCAGUGACGAUGAGGAGGAGGAGGAGGUGGUGAAGGACGGCCGGCCCAAGUGGAACAGCUGGGACCCGAGGAGGCAGCGGCAGUUGUCCAUGAGUUCUGCCGACAGUGCCGAUGCCAAACGAACCCAAGAGGAAGGGAAGGACUGGAACGACACCUCAAGCCUGUCCCAUGUCGUCUGGAAAGUGCCGGAGCCUCAGCCGCCGGCCAGGAAGCUGCAUGGCUGGGUGUCGGGCCCAGAGUACCAGAGGCCCUCCGUGGGCGGCAUGCUCCGGCAGCAGUCGGCCGAGGAUAAGGAGGACAAGCCACCCCCGCGGCAGAAGUUCAUCCAGUCGGAGAUGUCCGAGGCUGUGGAGCGGGCCCGCAAGCGGCGGGAGGAGGAGGAGCGCCGGGCCCGUGAGGAGAGGCUGGCGGCCUGCGCGGCCAAGCUGAAGCUGCUGGACCAAAAGUGCAAGCAGGCCCAGAAGGCCAGCGAGGCCCAGAGGCAGGCGGAGAAGGAAGCGCCCCGGUCCCCCGUGCCCGUGCCGGUGCCCGUGCCGGUGCCAGAGAAGGCCGCCCCACAGGAGAAUGGGCCUGCCAGCCGUAAAGGCUCCCCAGAGUUCCCUGCGCAGGACACCCCCACCCCAUUCCAAGAAGAGGGGCCCUCCACCUCCCUGGUGGUGGCUCAGAGCAGCGGCAGUGAGGAGGAGGCCAGGGAGGCCGGGUCCCCUGCACAGGAGUUCAGCAAGUACCAGAAGUCACUUCCUCCUCGGUUCCAGCGCCAGCAGCAGCAGGAGCAGCUGUACAAGAUGCAGCACUGGCAGCCAGUGUACCCUCCGCCCUCCCACCCGCAGCGCCCCUUCUACCCGCACCACCCCCAGAUGCUGGGCUUCGACCCCCGCUGGAUGAUGAUGCCGUCCUACAUGGAUCCCCGCAUCCCGCCCACCCGGACCCCUGUGGACUUCUACCCUUCACCACUCCACCCUUCAGGACUAAUGAAGCCCAUGAUGCCCCAGGACUCCCUCAGUGGGGCUGGUUGUCGCUCUGAAGAUCAGAACUGUGUGCAGCCACUGCAAGAAAGAAAAGUGACCGCCAUUGAUCCAGCGCCGGUGUGGAGCCCGGAGGGCUACAUGGCGCUACAGAGCAAGGGCUACGCGCUGCCCCAUGCCAAGUCGAGCGACCCCCUGGCAGUGGACAUGCACGUCAGGAAUGAAAGCUCUUACUGCAGCUCCUCCGGAAGGGCAGGGGGCGUAAGUGCCCAGCGCGAUCUCUUUGAGGAGAGAGGGGAGGAGUACUUGAGUGCUUUUGACAAGAAGGCCCCGGCAGACUUUGACAGCUGUAUUUCUUCUCAAAGAAUAGGCCAGGAGCUUUUGUUUCCACCCCAAGAAAAUGUUCAGGAGGUGGGUGCUCUUGGGGGUCACACCCAAAACCUUAGGUGUCCCCCUUUGGAGCCUGACUUUAUCCCCACUGAGAAAAAGCCAGAUUACGGCAGUUGGGACGUUGGCCACCAGCCAAAGGCCGCUGACACAGCCAACAGUGUCAAGCCGGAGGCACCCCGAGAGGAGGCCGCCUUCCACCUCUCAUGGGAGAAGGACGGGACCCCCGAGAAGCCGCCGAACCCAGAGCCGGAGUGGGCACCCGAACCCCGGAGCUCCAAUAGCCAGCAGCAGGAGCAGCCAGGCAGGACCCGGAGGUCGGGACCCAUCAAGAAGCCGGUCCUCAAAGCCCUUAAGGUGGAGGAGAAGGAGAAGGAAUUAGAGAAGGUGAAGCAGGCGCUUGGGGAGGACGGUACACGGCUGAACACAGAGAAGGAGCCGGCUUGCAAAGCCGAAGAGGACGAGGAUGAGGAGAACCACCCAGCUCUGGCCAGUGCUUCCCCCUCUGCCCCAGAGGACAAAGCCUUGACCCAGGCUGGCUUUGGCCAUGAGGCCAAGUUUGAUGAGGACGAGAAGCCGGACAAGGCCUGGGACAGCAGACCGUCACGUGAGUCUGGCGACAUCCCCCCAACCAAGAGGAAUAACUGGAUCUUCAUUGAUGAGGAGCAGGCCUUUGGGGGUCGGGGGCAGCCCCGGAGCCGAGGCCGCGGCUUCCGGGAAUUCACCUUCCGAGGUCGGCCCACCAGUGGGAAUGGGAGCAGCCUGUGUGGCGGUGGCAGCGGGGUUCUUGGGCCACGCGGCAUCUAUAGCAGCAGCAGCCAGCGGAGCUGCCGGGGCCGGGGCCUGCGUGACUUCCCCCAGCCCGAGGACUGUCCCCGCACCAAGCCCCGGCGGAGGAUUGCCAGUGAGACUCACAGUGAGGGCUCGGAGUAUGAGGAGCUCCCUAAGCGGCGCCGGCAGAGGGGCACCGAGAGCGGGGCUGAGGGCUCACGCCUGGAGAGGGACGAGGGCGCCCUGAAGAAAGACUCCUGGCGUUCCAACAAGAUCUACUCGGAGGAGCAGGGCGGCCUGGACACCAAGAGCCGUGGCCCGCGGGCCCUGGGGCGUGCGCUCCCACCCCGGCUGAGCAACUGUGGCUAUGGGCGCAGGACCUUCAUGGCCAAGGAGCCGGCCCACUGGCAGAGCAGGAGCCCUGGCGGUUCCUGGCAGGAGUACGGCCCGGCCCGGAGAGCCACAGACAGAGACUACAUCCCUGACUCCUACCGGCAUGCCGAUGCGUUCAGUGGCAGGGCAUUUGAGGACAGCCGCCUGGAAGAGAAGAGGGCCUUCUUCCAGGAUGACCACGCGGCAGACCCUGAUGGCGCAGAGAACCGGCCCUUCAGGAGGAGGCGCCCCCCGCGCCAGGACAAGCCCCCUCGCUUCCGGCGCCUGCGGCAGGAGCGCGAGUCCUUGGGGCUGUGGGGCCCUGAGGAGGAGCCCCACCUGCUGUCUGGUCAGUGGCCGGGCAGGUCCAAGUUCUGUCCAGGGGACAAGGGGGGCGCUGGGGGCCGCCGGUCCCCUGAGCUCUCCUACCAGAACUCCUCCGAUCACGCCAAUGAAGAAUGGGAGACGGCCUCCGAGAGCAGCGACUUCAGCGAGCGCCGGGAGCGGCGAGAGACCCCUGGGGCCGAGCCCCACACACAGGGGGACAGUGGCCUGUCCGCGGCCAGUGUGGGGGAGAAGAAGGAGCUGGCCAAGAGGAGCUUCUCCAGCCAGAGGCCCCUGGUGGACAGACACAGCCGCAAGCUGGAGCCGGGAGGGUCUGGGGAGAAGCCGGGUAGGCCAGGUGGUGGUGAGCCGUCCCCCCGUUAUGACAGCCAGCACAGUGGGACACCCUUGAAAGCCAAAAGGUCGCCAGACGAGCCCCUCCCUGGAGGUCUUGGUAGCUGCAGCAGUGGUAGCAGCCACUCGCCCUAUGCGUUGGAGCGGGCAGCCCAUGCCACCCCUGACAGUGCUGAGGCCACCAGUAAGAAGACAGAGAAGGAGUCUGUGCUGGCUUCUCAGAGGGCCGGUGAGCAGGAGGAGGCCCGGAAGCAGUUCGACCUGAGUUACGGAAAUGCCAUCAUUGACAACUGUGGGUCCAGCCCUGGGGAUGACAGCGAGGUGGGCUCGAUGGUGGGAGAAGGCUUCAUCGAGGUCCUGACUAAGAAACAGCGCCGCCUGCUAGAGGAAGAGAGGAGAAAGAAGGAGCAGGCCGCACAGGUACCAGGCAAAGGUCGAGGCCUUUCUUCCCGUAUUCCUCCUCGAUUUGCUAAAAAGCAGAACAAUCUAUGCCUGGAGCAAGGUGACGUGGCUUUGCCUGGCAGCAGCCUGGGCACCGAGAUCUGGGAGAGCAGCAGCCAGGCCCUCCCUGUGCAGGCCACAGCCAGCGACUCCUGGAGGAAAGCUGUCACUGCCUUCAGUGGCACCGAACCCAGCUCCACCGAACAGGGUUUUAAGAGCAGCCAGGGAGACAGUGGCGUCGACCUGAGCGCAGAGUCUCGGGAGUCGUCUGCGACCUCCUCACAGCGCAGCUCCCCGUACGGUACUCUGAAGCCAGAGGAGAUGAGCGGGCCGGGCCUGGCGGAACCCAAGGCCGACAGCCACAAGGAGCAGGCCCAGAAGCAGUCGGAGCAAAAGGAUGUGGAACAAAGCUCGGGACCGAACAAGGAGCACAGACCAGGACCCAUCGGCAACGAGCGGUCUCUGAAAAAUAGGAAGGGGUCAGAGGGAGCCGAGCGGCUGCAAGGGGCUGUUGUCCCGCCUGUCAAUGGAGUGGAGAUUCACGUGGACUCCGUGCUGCCAGUGCCACCCAUUGAAUUUGGAGUUAACCCAAAAGACUCCGAUUUCAGUUUGCCACCUGGCUCUGCCUCUGGACCUGCAGGAAAUCCAGUCGUGAAACUUCAGGACGCUCUGGCCAGUAAUGCAGGGUUAACACAAAGCAUUCCCAUUCUCCGGCGGGAUCAUCACAUCCAGAGGGCCAUCGGUCUGUCCCCUAUGUCCUUCCCCACAGCUGACCUCACACUGAAGAUGGAGUCUGCGCGCAAGGCUUGGGAAAACUCGCCCAGCUUGCCGGAGCAGAGCUCCCCAGGGGGUGCGGGCUCAGGCCUCCAGCCUCCAGCCUCGGUGGGUGCCUCCAAUGGAGGGAACUACAGCUCCUUCGGCGGAGUGUCCAUGCCACCCAUGCCUGUGGCCUCUGUCGCGCCUUCCGCUUCAAUGCCAGGCAGCCACCUUCCUCCUUUGUACCUGGACGGCCAUGUGUUCGCAAGUCAGCCCCGGCUCGUUCCUCAGACCAUACCUCAGCAGCAGAGCUACCAGCAGGCUGCCGCUGCCCAGCAGAUCCCAAUCUCCCUUCACACGUCUCUGCAGGCCCAGGCUCAGCUUGGGCUGAGGGGCGGGCUGCCCGUUUCCCAGUCCCAGGAGAUCUUCAGCUCCUUGCAGCCCUUCAGGUCUCAGGUGUAUAUGCACCCCAGCCUGUCUCCGCCUAGCACCAUGAUCCUGUCUGGAGGUACAGCCUUGAAGCCUCCAUAUUCAGCAUUCCCAGGCAUGCAGCCCCUGGAGAUGGUGAAGCCCCAGUCUGGCUCUCCCUACCAGCCCAUGAGCGGAAACCAGGCCUUGGUCUAUGAGGGCCAGCUCGGCCAGGCUGCUGGGCUGGGUGCCUCCCAGAUGCUGGACUCCCAGCUGCCACAGCAGCUGACCAUGCCACUGCCUCGGUACGGCUCUGGGCAGCAGCCACUGAUCCUGCCACAGUCCAUUCAGCUGCCAGCGGGGCAGAGCCUCUCUGUUGGGGCCCCCCGAAGGAUUCCUCCACCUGGGUCCCAGCCACCAGUCCUGAACACCAGCAGAGAGUCCUCUCAGAUGGAGCUGAAAGGCUUCCACUUUGCCGACAGUAAACAGAAUGUUCCUACAGGAGGCUCCAUACCAUCGCCACAGACCUACAGGCCUAGCUCUGCUAGCCCCAGUGGGAAGCCCUCUGGAUCAGCAGUUAACAUGGGCUCUGUGCAGGGACACUACGUUCAACAGGCCAAACAGCGAGUGGAUGAGAAGCCCAGCUUGGGAGCCGUGAAGCUGCAGGAGGCUCCCUCGGCCACUUCCCAGAUGAAGCGCACCGGAGCCAUCAAGCCUCGGGCAGUCAAAGUGGAGGAAAGUAAAGCCUGAUUUGCCUGGCCGCCACCUUGCCUCACCCCAACAGGGACAGUGCCACCAUCUGGCCUGGACAGGACAACCACCACUUGGAAACCUCACUGGAUCCAGCACUCACCGGCCUGGACGAAGAGGUCCUCCUCUCCUCCACCCCUGAAAGCUCCAUUGUCAACCAGCUCACACCGUGGAAAUGUGGCAUUGACCUGCUUGCUUCACGACAAAAAGAGCACCGACUCCCUCCCUUCCUCCCUCCCUCCCUCCCUCCCUCCCGUCCCCUCCUUCCCAGUGACUGGAGUGAGUCGCCUUUCGUGCGUGCACCGCAGCCCUACUGCCCGCCCCACCCCCAGCCACAGUGGCUUGGCAGCAGGGUCAUUUUAGCCUGAAGCUUUUUGUUUUAAAAGCAGCUAAGGUUUUUUACAAAGGGGAAAGGAAAAAAAAAUGCCAGCUACGUCUGUACAGCUGAACUUUUAUACGUUCCUUGCUGUCCUCUCCCUAGCCCGCUCUGCUGUCCCUAAUGGUCUCCUUUUACCUUGUCCUGUUGGAUGUGUCACUGCGACACCUUAAGAGAUGGCUUUUAAGAACCUGCUCCCCCAAGCUGGUCACCUUUUGGCCUCACUGAGGGAGGACACAGCUGUGAGCACUGGGGUUUGCUUGCCGCUGGAGGCUGCAGGGGAGCAGAGCAGAGGGCAGGGGGCAUCACAGUUGGGUGCCAGGCCUGGCCUCACAUCAGGCCUUGUAACGCGAGUUUCAGGAAUUUUGGACCUGGGCUCUGCUGAAGCCAUUGGACAGCUGACUGGGGUGCAUUAUUGUGGGGGUACGGUUCCUGUCAUUUCCGAGAUUGGCCAAGAUGGCCCAAGUGGGCAACACACCACAGGCCCCACUGGUGGGUGUGCUUUGCUUCGGGCCCUGCACCCCUGCCUUUGGGGGCCACUGUGUGCAUCACUUCCUCUCCUCAGCCUUUCAUGACCCAUAACUUGCUGCCUCUGUGAGCCUGCAGUGUCCCACCCAGCACAUCACUAAAUCACAGUGGCAGGAACUCACGGACAUCAGCUUGGCGGUGGCUGCAGCAAAGGCAUGUGGUUCCUAAAGCACAGUCAUGGGGUCUGUCCUGGUUGGGUUAGGGGACUCUGGUCAAAUGGGUGGGUGGGCCUCUAGUUCCAGAAAAGCUUAGCAGCCCCUGAAACGCAGCCUCUUGAGUCUACAGAGCUGCCUCAUGGAAGGCUACUAUGAGCCACUGCUGUGGGCUUGUUUUAAAGUCAGAAAGAGGAAGUCAUCCCUACUCCAUCAUUUCAAGCAAAGUACAGGAGAACUUCCAGUUCCUCAACUGCCUUUAGAGUUCACCACCUGACUGCGGAAACUGCUGUGUGCCCUACUGGUGUCCCUGAGACUUGGCUUGGAGAGUUUGCUGUACAUGCAGGGGCUUGGCCAUGCCCACAGCCUGCUCUCGUCACCACGGAUGUGACAGCUGCUCAAGUUCUGAACUGUGUCUAGUGUGGAGCCUGAGGAAGGAUAUACCUUAGGGACUCCGAAUCCACGUUUGGUCAUUCUAUGUCAAUGUGGGGGGGGGGGUCACCCUGCACCCCCAGCACGCAGUAUGGUGUAGUCCCAGUGGCAUCUGAACGGAGCAGUCUUACUGGAAGAUGCUUCUCUGCUUCAUCUAGAACACUUGGCCGCUCUCCCCCUUGCCUCCACCCGCAGAUCUUCCUAGCUUGUCUUUUCUCCAUCCCAUCAGCCUUUACUCUUCCAUCUUUUCUCAAAGGGCCGUCCACUUGGAGUCUCUAGCACUGGUCUCCCCAGGUCUCAUUGCUCUCCUCCCCAUGCAAGUGUCUGGUCCCUGUCCCUGUGGUGAGUUCUCUAUCCUCCCCGCUCCCACUAGCAGCCAAUGGAUGAGCCUGGUCAGCUGGAGCCUGUGGCCACCUCUGCCUGUUCCCUUUAAAAACACAGCCAGACCUGCUCACGUGAUGCUGGUGCACAUGAUUUAUCCAGUUCAACAGAACGGUCCUGGGUGCUGUUAGAAAUGCAAGAUGUGCCCUUUAGGCAGGCCUACAGUAAGAGUGACAGUCACCUGAAAAAAAGUCACCUGAUCUCAGCCCCUUUGCACCCUGUAUUUCUUCCUCUCUCCUCCUCACCCUAAAAAAAAAACAAAAAACACUAGAAUUUAUUUAUAUGUAUUGAUGUUGUAGGUCUAGGUGAAAAAGUAAAUGUUCCAUUUCUCUAUUUAUAUAUAAUGUCUGAAUUACUCUGCAGGAAAGGCCAGGAAUUUGCAUGUAAAGUUCAGUGCUUUUGCCACUGUGACCUCAGCUGUGGGUUCUUCCCUGCUGAGAUGCAGGUUUAAAACUAGGCUGUGGGGGCAGAGCACAGGCCUCAGGCCCCCUGCCUCCCAAUCCCUUCCAUGGUCUGAGUAAACAGUUCUUAGUACAGAGAUUAUUUAUGGUGCAAUAUCUCUUAUGUGGUUUUCGAGCCAAGCUCAUGGUAAUAGGAUUGGGGUCUUUGGUUUUAGCCCCCAUCCUCAGAUUGCAUGUGCGUGCGCAGGCUUUGGCCAGGAUGCCCUUGGCUGGAAUAGGCGAAUCCCAGCACCUUAUGUGCUUUUCAUACUCUGAGGCAAUUGGGGGGCAGGUGAGUGCAGAAUCUUCUCAGCGAGGCCUAUUCCAGUCACCGCCUGACACUGGCAGCUUUGCCAAGGUUGAUGGUACUGCCUGUUGCUUGACACCCAAGUGACUUUGUAGUGGUGUUGGUCCUCUGACAGCUCUGGAGUGAAAGUGUGGGGCAUCUGAGAUUCAAAGUCCACCCUCUGAAAACUGCUGCCAGCUGCAUUUGGUCUGAUUUUAUAACUGUUACUUCCUGUUUUACUUCCAUUAUUGUUUUCAGACUGAAUUCAUAGAACCCUUCUGGUUCUGGAUUCCAUAAGAGGGAAAACAAAGGAGGACUUUAUUACACAGCCAGAAAAGUUGGUUGAGUUCCAAAACCGUGGUCAUGCCAGCUGCUUCUAGGGAUGCUGGAGUAACUUGUUAAACAUCACCACUGCCCUCCUGGCUUCUGGAUCUGCCUUCCAGAUGGUCAGUGGUGAGGUUUAUAACUGACUCACCCAGAGAGCAGGAGGUGAGUGUGUUGCUGAGGCAGUGUGUGGCAGGUCUGGCGGAGCCCCUCCCCGACACCUACUGGCUUCCCCUCUGCCAACUAGCUGCAUGUUGCCUUCAAACCUGUGUUCCCUCAUGCUUUGUGCAGAGCAAGCCUGGGUAGAAGGUCUGUUGGAAAUGGCCUUUGAUAACUAAGAAUACUGGUGUGUAUUUGCUUCAUCAUGUUCUAUGAUGAAAGGGAAAUGCAGAUUCCCAAAAAGCCAGCUGUGACUAUGAGACUGGUGACCUGAGACAGGUCAUCUGGACAGGAGUGGCUCGUGCUGGGGACAGACCCUAUCACCCAGCUGUGUUCUUCACCGGAAUCACCAACACAUGUCUGGCUAGUGAGUGUUAAGGCAUGGAAGACCUGCCAUGAACUGUUUCUUCAUCCCAGCUCAGUGGCCUCCAAGACGGCAGCAGCACCCUGUCUUCAGCAUGUCAGGAAGCCGUGUGCGGAGACUCCUAUCAAGGCUCUGUACGGAGGGUUUUCUGCACUCUUCCACUGUACUCUAAAGCUUUUGACCUCAUGCCUUGUGUAGUAAAAAAGGAUUUUGGGGGGUUUUAUUUUUUGAGCAGGUUCUUUUUUAUUUCUCUUUUUUUUUCAUUUUGGCCUUUCCUCUCUUUGUCUUUUCAUGUAGACCAGAUAUUUGAAAGGGCAGACGAUGGCUAAAGGUGUACUGUGCAGCUUGUUUAUGUGUUUGGGGAAAAUUUUACCUCGGAUGGGAAACGGAAUCAUGGAUUCACACGCUGUGCUGGACACUCACUCUCCCUUCCCUCCAGUUCAGUACCUGUUGUUUCUCCUUUCAAAUAUGUGAUUGUACUAGCUCUUUCCAUAUGAAAGAACUCUCCUUAUUUAAAUAAAAAAAGUAAAAAAAA